UUUGUGAAUUGGAAGCCGUCAUGUGUCAAGUUGAAGAGGAUUAUAAUGGUCUGGAAUGUAACCAGGAGAAGAUCCCUGUGUCGGGACUUAACAGAAAGUGUAUGAAAUGUAAGGAGGGAACUGCUGUGCUCAUCAUUCGUGUCAGUGAUGCAUUUUGCAGGUCCUGCUUCAAGGAGUACUUUAUACACAAAUUCCGGGCGAUGCUGGGAAAGAAUCGUGUCAUAUUCCCCCAGGAGAAGGUCCUUCUUGCUGUUUCUGGUGGAGCAGCUUCCUGCACAAUGCUUUCACAAGUUCAAGAGGGUCUGAGUCGAGAUGCUCCCAAAAAGCUAAGAUUUAUGCCUGGAAUUGUAUACAUUGAUGAUGGUGGAGCUUGUGGGCGAAGUGAAGACGAGCGGCAGACUUCAAUAUCUCAGCUGAAAAACAUCUUCACACAGACUGGCUUCCCCUACUUUAUAGUUCCUUUAGAGAAGGUUUUCAGUUUGCCCACCUCUGUCCUUGUACCUGGCACAUCUGACCCAGACCCAUCCAAUCCCUGCUAUAAGCAAGCUGUGGACAAGUAUCUGAAAGAGAAGCAGAAGCUUAGAGAAGAGGAGGCCGUCUGUGCUGUGGCUCAGCUCAAUCUAGAAGAUUCUGCAUAUUUACCUGAACACAAGCUGGCGUUACAGAGAUUGUUCUCAUCACUCAAGACACUGUCAGCCAAACAGGAGAUGUUACAGACCCUGAGGCAGCACCUGAUUCUGCAUGUUGCCCGUGAGAACAGCUACUCAAAGGUGAUGAUGGGAGAAAGCUGUUCACGACUGGCUGUCAAACUGCUCAGUAACAUCGCUCUGGGCCGCGGAGCAGCGCUGGCUUCAGACACGGGUUUCUCUGAUCCUCGGUUUGGAGAUGUGGUGAUUGUGCGGCCCAUGAGGGACUAUUCCUCUAAAGAGAUCACCUUCUACAACCGAAUGUUUCAUGUGCCCUCUGUGUUUAUCCCAGGACUGGAUACCAAGAGCCAUGAUAAAGCCAGUAUCCAGAGACUGACGGAGAGUUUCGUCACCAACCUACAGGCUGAUUUCCCUUCCACUGUUAGCACCAUCUACAGAACUAGUGAGAAGCUUCAUACAGUCAGGCCUCCUCAAAGUCAAAGCACUGAACCAGAACCUGCCUCCAAAUGCCUACUGUGUCUCUGUGCUCUUGACACUACAGCAGAUAAAGCUUCUGCGUUUCAUGCUACAUUGAUCUCAGAGCAGCUUUCCCAGCUCAGACUUCAGGAGGGGUCUGUGGAUCUAGUGGCGGGGUCUUCAGAUCAGUGUUGUGUGGAGGAUCAGACCUGUGGCACCUCAGGCUGCUGCUCCUCAAAGAGGACGCCUGUGCAGCAGGACCUGAAGACUCUCCUGUGUUACAGCUGCAGGCUCACUGUUAAAGACAUGGCAGCAGUAAACACUCUUCCCCCGUACAUCUUAACAGAAGCAGAGAAACGACAAAGAAGAUCUCAGAUGAAGGUGGAGAUCAGUGAAUAUCUUCUGGAGGAGGACCAGGACUAGCAGAUAUGUGUAGGGCUGAUCACUCUGUCUUUUUGAUAACUGCUGUUUGUGGUUGCUGGAAAUAACUUAAAGCUAAAACAUACCAAUAUACCAUUGUAAACAUUUCACUAUUUGUCGUCUUUGUAAAUGAAUAA